AUGGCUGUCAGCAUGGAGGGACACGGUCUUCCCGUCGUAGAAUCUUUUGCGCAAUUAUUGUUGGAAAUGCUUCAGCGGGCUGAACAUGUCAAAGGAACGCACACGAUAGAGUCGCCAUUGAGUAAAACGGAGCUUGCGAAUACAUACGAGCGAAUCGAUCAAAUAUUCAACGAAGCCGCACCUAUAGAAACUAAAAAGCGCAGUCAGUAUGCGAUCAUCGAAACCGCUGUUCGAGAUACUUUCAACAAUUUACUAGCCUCUAUAUCCAUUGAAACUUCUUCCUCUUCCAGGUUGUGGAACCUCCUCGAUAUUAUCUCCAUUUUGUCUGACGAUGAACAAUGCGAACCGGCCCUUCUCUUCUGGCUCGUGGAAGAAUUACUGGAUAGUCAGACUAUCGCAGGAUGCCGGAGAAUAUUCGAUUAUCUUGAAUCACGACGUGAAAAAAUCACUGCAAAGCAUUUCAACCAAAAGAACCUAGUUAUCUUGAGAAGCUGCAACGAGCUUUUGCGGCGACUUUCGAGAGCAGAGGAUACCGCAUUCUGCGGUCGCGUUUUCAUUUUCAUGUUUCAAAGCUUUCCCCUUGGCGACAAGAGUUCUGUGAAUUUGCGCGGUGAAUUUCAUGUCGAAAAUGUUACAUCUUUCGACACCCUACCGUCCAUUCCAACGGAUGUUGAGAAGAUGGAAGUAGAUUCGGACAGCAAUACGAAAGAAACUCCACCGACCUCCAAGCCAGCAUCAAAUGGACGGACGAGCGCAGCGAGAGGUUCUGAAGAUAGCAAUGGUUCAGUCAAGGACGCAGCAUCAUCGAAACGUGAACCGCCGAUGAAGCCCGAUGAGUUAUACCCGAUAUUCUGGUCGUUACAGCAGAGCUUCAGCCAACCGAAAAAACUGUUCAAUCCUGAGAAUUUUGCCGAGUUUAAAAAGGGUCUGGAAGCUACAAUAGCAACUUUCAAGUCGGUACACCAUGAGGCAGCAGGGCGUCCUGCGGCAAGAAUAGCAGAGGAUUGUAAGAGGGGAACGAAAAGAAAGCGAAGUCAAGGAGACGAUGACUUAGCUAAUUCCUUCAAUCCUAAAUAUCUCACAAGUAGGGACUUAUUUGAAUUAGAGAUCAGUGAUUUGUCAUUUAGGAGGCAUAUACUUGUUCAAAUUCUGAUAAUAAUGGAUUUCCUUCUUUCAUUAAGCGCCAAGGCGAAAGAGAAGCUUUCGAAGGCUUUACCGGAUAACCUCAAUAGAUCGGUUACUUAUGCAGACCAGACGCUCAGUGAAGAGGAUACAAAGUGGUCAUUAGAUAUGAAAAAAUCAAUUGCAGAAUAUCUGAAGAAAGGCGCGGAUGGUGCAUUUUUUUAUCGUAUGGUUGAGACGGUUCUGUCCAGAGAUAAGAACUGGGUUCGUUGGAAGGUCGAAAAUUGUCCUUCUAUUGCUAGACCAGCUGUUUCACCUCACGAUUAUAUUACCGCUAAAGCGUCGGCUCGCAAAGCGACAACUAAUAAAAGAUUACGCCCUAAUCCUCUAGGAUCUUUAGAUCUCAAAUUCCUUGCGGAAAGCGACUUAGAGAGUGGCUUGGAGAGGUUGAAGAAACCAGAACGUUACCAAGUUCCUUCCGUAAAGAGUUUCAAGAAUAAAAUCGAGUUGGACGACAUGGAUAUCGAUAUGGCUCGAGACGAAGAAUCCAAAAAUGUGGCCAUAGAAGCUAAAGCGAGCAAAUGUUGGAGAGCACUACGAAUCGCUGGUGCAAGCAAACUUGCUGCUUUUGACAAAAUCGAGAAAUCGGACAGCAUUGACGAAAUCUUCAAGGAUGAUGUCAAACCCGAAGAUCUGGUCGCCCCUGGUGACGAAGAUGCGCUGGAAGGUGGGGAACAGAAAACUGAAGAGGGAAUUGAUGCAGCGAAAUUACCACCGACGGAAAACGAGGAUGUUGAUAUGGAAAAUAAGAAGGAAGAGCAGCCGGAUGUUCCAACGGUGCCCGCUACGGAAUUGGGAACAUGA